AAAAAAAAAAAUGUCCGUCUUCAUGAUUCAGCUUUUUGAAUUUUGAAAUUGACCCCUCAAAGACUGUUUGUAUAAGAUCCCCACCAGACGCACUCGCUCUUCCUCUCUCUCUCUCUCUCCCUACCAUUUCUUCGUUUUGUUUGUUCCAUAGAUUCAGAACUACUUCAUCUGUUGCUGAAUGGACUCAAUCCCCGAUGCUAUUGUUCAAUACAUAUUAUCGCACAUCAAUAAUGCAAGGGAUGUAGCAGUUUGUAAUUGUGUAUCCAAGCGAUGGAAGGAUUCGCUGCCUUAUAUAAGGAGCCUCUACUUCCCUCGAAACUCCUUUGAUAAUCAUUCUGGCAGGGAUAGUCCUGAUGAAGUUGUAUGGAGGAUGGUUUCAAGGAUUUCUAGGUUAGAGGAACUUGUUGUGUAUAGCCCAUUCUCAGGUGCUGGCCUUGCUUCGUGGCUAUCACUCACAGGCUCCUCGCUUUUGCAUCUUGAACUCCGAAUGGACAACCUUACUGAACAGCAGGCCUGCAAUGAGAGCACCUCCAAAUUGGAUUGCAUCAGCGCUGCGAACAACUUGCAAUCUUUAAAACUUUGGGGUGUCUUAAUGACCCGUUCCCCCCAGUGGGAAGCAUUCAAAGAACUCCGGAACCUUGAAAUUGUGGGAGCAAGAUUGGAGGACUCUGCAUUGUCAACCGUGCUACAUGCAUGUCCUAACUUGACCAAUCUGUUGCUGCUUGGUUGUGAAGGAGUUAGAUCUGUUUCAAUUGACUUGCCACAUUUGGAGAAUUGUAAGCUGGACUUUUAUGGAUUAGGCAACUGCUCAUUUUCUAUGAAAUCCCCCAAAAUUCAAGUCCUUGAGGUGCAAGGCUGCAGUUGGAUUCGGGUUCGUGAGACCAAUUGCUUGCGGUGUCUUUCCAUCUCCAAUAAUGCAGGUAGAGUGUACAUGGUUGAUUGUGGAAAACUUAUGGCUCUGGAGUUCUUAUCCAUUAGAGGAGUCCAGUGGUGUUGGGAUGCCAUAAGUAACAUGCUUCAAUGGGCAAGCGAGGUGAAGCACCUCUAUAUGAAAGUGGAAUUCACUGGGGAUUUUGAGGCCCUUCAACCCUUUCCAGAGAUUGACUUUGUUGAUUUUUUCAAUAGCCAUCCCAAACUGCAGAAGUUUGAUAUUCAUGGAGCCAUGUUUGCUGCCCUUUGUCAAAAGAAUAGUUUAAAGAAUGUCGAAACCGGCUUUACAAUCCCUUGUCUGGAGGAGGUGAUCAUCACAGUGAGAUCGCCAUUGAAUGCGGAACAGAAAAUGAGCACACUUGAGUCCUUUUUAAACUAUGGGAAGAAUCUGAAAGCAAUGGUAAUAAAGAUUCUUCAGAUGAAAAGCAGUCAUAGCAGUGCAGAUGAUUUCUUUGAUGAGAUUUGCAGGUUUAGAUACAUGAAUAGGAAGAUUGUUCGAAUAGAAUAAUAAAUCUUUUCAGGAAGCACUUCCUCACUUAUGCCUCUUGAGUCAUAAUCAUUCAAUUUGAUUUCUCUAAUUACAGCUUGACUGCUAAUUUGUUUUAAAGUACGAUAUCAUUCUUUACUGAAUGGAACCAUGAAAUGCUUCUAAUU